AUGACCAAAGUCGACGUCAGUAAUGCCGAACAGGUGAAUUCGUGGAUCAAAGACACCGUAUCGGUGUUCGGCAGGCUUGACGGUGCUGCAAAUGUAACUGGAAUUGCUGGCGGGGAUGGAAGCAUCACCGAAACCAUCGACCAACUCGCUUGGGAGAAGAUGAUUGCCAUCAACCUGACGGGAGUCAUGAUCUGUAUGAGGGCCCAGCUCCCACACUUGACUGUACCAGGUGGCUCCAUCGUCAACGUCUCCAGCACGUCGGGGCUCAGAGGGCUUCCCAACAAUGCCGCCUACGCUUCGAGUAAAUUUGGAGUCAUUGGCCUGACCGAGUCAAGCGCAGCAGAGUAUGGAAAGAAAGGUAUCAGAGUGAACGCCGUCUUGCCUGGCCCAAUCGACACCAAGAUUUUCCGCGAGGGCGAGGCGAAGGGCUUGUUCAAUGCGGACGUAGUCAGCGCCGGCACACUAAUGGGUCGAAUGGGCCAAGCAGAAGAAGUGGCCAAGGUCCUGGUGUUCCUACUAAGCGAUGAUGCAUCAUAUGUCACUGGAGCGCACUGGACGGUGGAUGGAGGGUAUGCGGCGUGUGGCUUCUACCGGGCUGGAUGA